GAUGUUAGGGAAGUAGCUUCCUUUCAAAAAAUACCGGUAUUUUAGUUGUCGGCAUUUUGUGGAGUUUUUGCAUAUUGUCUGAUUUCGACUUUUGCUCUUUAUAUAAAGUUUUCUGUAACUUCUAUUCAUUGUUUUAAAUGGCUUCCAAUAUAUUUCAAGUGAGUGAUGGUGUGACUAAAGAGAUAAUUCGUCAGGGGUAUGGUAAUCCACCUCAGAGGGGCCAGACGAUCACUGUUCAUUGUACUGGUUGUUUAGCAAAUCCUCAGAAAAAGUUUUGGAGUACCAGGGACCCUGGCCAGCAGCCUUUUACCUUUCAAGUUGGUUUAGGAAAAGUUAUCAAAGGUUGGGAUGAAGGUUGCCUCACAAUGCAGUUGGGUGAAAUUUCAAGAAUCUUGAUUAGAUCUGAUAAGGGUUAUGGAAGUCAAGGAUUUCCUGCUUGGGGAAUUCAUCCAAAUGCAGAUUUGUUGUUUGAGAUUGAAAUUCUUCAUAUACAGUAAUUUUCUAAUCAACUGUGUAUAUAAUCUCAUCAUUCAAUUUGUACACUUUUAUCCCUAUGAUCUCGAAUUUCAAAACGAUAACUUCCGUUAAAUAAAUCAUUCCAAACUUGUAUCCAA